AUAAAGCACUGCCAUUUGAAGAACUUUGCAGUGUGAUUACACUAAGACUGGCCCGCCAGUGCCUCUUGGGAUACCUUUCUCAUGCUAUGGGAUUUCAAGCCACAGCCUAAAGCUUUCAGAUAUGUGGGUCACAAGGAUGUUGUGACCAGCGUCCAGUUUUCACCUCUUGGAAACUUAGUAGCAUCAGCCUCACGAGACAGGACUGUUAGACUAUGGAUUCCUGAUAGGAAAGGGAAGUCUUCGGAAUUCAAAGCUCACACUGCCCCCGUCCGAAGCGUGGACUUCUCCUGCGAUGGCCAGUUUCUUGCUACGGCUUCCGAGGACAAAUCCAUCAAAGUCUGGAAUAUGUAUCGGCAGCGCUUCCUGUACUCCUUGUAUCGACAUACCCACUGGGUGUGCUGCGCCAAAUUUUCAGCUGAUGGAAGACUAAUAGUAUCAUGUAGUGAGGAUAAGACUGUUAAAAUUUGGGAUACAAACAAUAAACUGUGCAUCAAUAGCUUUACAGACUCUGAAGGGUUUGCCAACUUUGUGUCUUUUAACCCCAGUGGUACGUGCAUAGCUUCAGCAGGUUCUGAUCAUACAGUGAAACUCUGGGAUAUAAGAGUAAACAAGUUACUUCAGAAUUACCAAGUUCACAGUGGUGCAGUCAACUGUUUGUCAUUCCAUCCUUCGGGUAAUUAUCUCAUCACGGCAUCAUCUGAUGGCACCCUUAAGAUUUUGGAUCUCGUAGAAGGAAGACUCAUAUAUACACUCCAAGGACACACGGGACCCGUCUUUGCCGUUUCCUUUUCCAAAGGUGGCCAGCAGUUCACAUCCGGAGGUGCCGACGCCCAGAUUUUGUUGUGGAAGACAAAUUUUGAUGAGAUGAAUUAUAAAGAUCUUCUGAAAAAAAACAUCAAGAGGUUGCAUUUUGAUGCCCCACCUCAUCUUCUUGAUAUCUACCCAAGAACUACUCAUCAUCAUGAUAGAAAGCCUGAUUCAAUUGAGAUUAAUCCCAAGCUUGAAGUGGUCAAUUUACAGACUUCGGACCCACUUGUUGUGGACGUUGUUUCUUCGGAUGCUUCGAAUUCCGCAGUUUUCCAAGGCUGUACACUACCUGAAAAAUCAGACGACAGCACUCCCCACUUCUUGAAUCCUGUUUUAGGACAUGCAAUAUCAAUAAGUUCAACAGUGAGCAUGGAGAAGAAACCAGAAGACAAGGGGAGCAGCAUCCCUUUCAUGGCUGCCGAUGGUCAGAGGAGUAUCCCGAUGGCAGUGACCGAUGCUUUGGAGCACAUCAUGGAGCAGCUGAACGUCUUAACCCAGACUGUAUCUAUUCUGGAGCAGCGGCUGACUUUGACAGAGGAUAAAUUAAAAGACUGCCUAGAAAAUCAACAGAAGAUUUAUACCAGAGAACACAGAAGUUGAAUAGAGAAUUUGAGUAGACACGCCUACGAACACCUGUUUCUAGGAUCUUAGAAAGGUAAUAGGCAAUACUUCCUGUACUUCAGCAACAAGCAAACCAUUACAGCAUUUCUUAAGUCUGAGCACCAGAGCAAAACCCAACAGACAAAAAAACAAAAACCCACCUACAAGGACUAAGUCAACCUUUGCAGGGAUGGCAGUCGAGGCUGGCCUCUGGAAUGUUUGUUUCUGCUGACAGUCUUAUAGUUGUAGUUUGUCUCUGAUUGUGUAAGUGAAUAUGAAUUUCCCCUGUGUUAAUCAGAAUGACAGUUCUCAUUCAGAGGCUGGAGCUUGCCAGGGUAGGAGCCUCCUCUCUGGAUGUAAGUUAGUCCCAUCACGUCAGAGUUCCCUCCUUUUCGCAUCGAACGUAGUUGUUUAGAGAGCGGAGCUGAAGGGCUCAUGGGCCUUCAGAAAUCCCUAGCAGAUCCAGGGAGUGGGUUACCCAGCUGGCUCUGUACACCACUCUCCAUCCCAUUGAGGCUUUCAUUGAAAUAAGGCUUCCUUUCUUAAUAAUGCCUUGAAAAACCCAACCCAUGAGGGAUGAGCCACUGAGAAUUUCCCCAACAAGUUGACAUCGCUAUGAGUAUAUGACUUUUGACUAACAAAGAAAUGCCCAAUGGGUUUUUAUUUUCACUUGUUUUCCACUGUUUGGCUGGUGGCUGACCCUGUCUCCCCUAGAGGAAAUAGCUGUCGUUAAGGAGAGCGAAUGGGUAUGGAAAUAUGGAGGCACGUACUUCUUUCCUUUGAAAGAUGAGCACGCUGCUGCACCAAGGCCUGGAAGCGAGGGUUCCUAAAGAUUAUGUUAAUGUGAUUUCAGGAUGCUUAAGAGCCAGAAGGGAGCGACAAGGAUCAAAUACAUUGCAAUAUUACCAGUUAAGAAGGGGAACUCCUGGCUGCUGAGUAGCAAAGCCCCUUUUUUAAAAAAUAUCAUCAUCAUCAUCAUCUAACAUUUGUUGAAAAACAAUAAAAACGAGCCAAGCCUUUCUAAA